AUGCCGAAGAAAGGAAUGGGCAAGAAGACCAAGGGUGUCAAGAAAGCACCCGGACUCAGAAAGGCCAAAAAGGCGGGUGAAGCAGCUGCAGCAGCCAAUACCCCCACCACCACUGCCGCCGUCGAUCUGCGGGACGACAACCCCCAGCACGACACUGAUCAGUCUGACUGGUCCGACGGUGAGCUCAUCGACGCCGAGAGCAUCAGCAUCGGCCCCAAUGAGCGUGAGCGCUUCAAGCGUGUGAUCCGCCUCUCCCUCUACAGCAACGACGAGAGCAUGGGCCGCCGCCUGCUUGUCACCGGAGGCGCUACUGUCCCAUUCGUGCCCCUCCUUGAGGAGGCAAUCAACGAGACGUUCCUGCAGUCGCUUCGCGCCCAUGGCUUCACUCACGUCUACCUGCAGUGCGGCACUGCCCACGACCAGAUCGAGACGCGACUCAAGACCGGCCGUGGUGGCAUCCAGAUCGAGACAUUCGACUUCUGCCGCGACCUCAAGUCCCUCAUGAAGGAGCACUGCCGUGGUGAGAAGGGCGUCAAGCCUGCUGGUGUGGUCAUAGGUCAUGCGGGAACUGGCACUAUUUCUGACGCGACGGAGGUUGACUGCGCGCUGGUCAUUGUCGCGAAUACGACUCUGAUGGACGACCACCAGUCCGUCUUCGCGGCUGAGAUGGCCGCCGAGUAUCCGACUAUCAUCCAGGCGCACCUUGGGCGAUCCGUCCCCGAGAUCAUGCACGUCAUCAAGAAGAACGCCCUGGACGACCUAAAGCCUUACGAGGAGCCGGGCCUUCCCCGGGAGCAGCAGAUCACCUUCAUCGACGAGGUCAUUGCCGGUGCCACCCGCCCCCAGUCGUCCCGUUGCGUCGUCCAGUGA